AUGGGAGAAUACAACGAGAAGAAAGAGACUUGUGGAACAAUAUGUCUGAAGUACCUCCUCUUCACCUUCAACUUCUUUUUCUGGCUGGCUGGGCUGGCUGUAAUGGCUGUAGGGGUUUGGACGCUGGUCCAGAAAAGUGACUACAUCAGUCUGCUACCCUCAAGCACCUACGCUGCCACAGCUUACAUCCUGGUUGUUGCAGGCGGCAUUGUGAUGGUUACUGGUAUUCUUGGCUGCUGUGCAACCUUUAAGGAGAGGAAGAGCCUGCUGAAAGUUUAUUUCAUCCUGCUGAUGUGCAUAUUCAUCCUGGAGAUCUUGGCAGGAAUCCUGGCCUAUAUAUACUACCAACAGCUCAAUGAUGAACUGAAGCAAAGCUUAAAGGAAACCAUGACUCAGAAGUACCAGCAGCCAGGAGAGGAAAAAGUGACGAAUGCUGUGGACAAACUACAACAAGAGUUUAAAUGUUGUGGAAGUAAUAAUUCCCAGGACUGGAAGGAGAGUAUUUGGAUUAAGUCUCCAGAGGCUGAGAGGCGCUUAGUUCCAGACAGCUGCUGCAAAACUGUCACUCCUAACUGUGGGAUUCGAGACCAUCCUUCAAAUAUCUACAAAGUGGAGGGUGGCUGCAUCACCAAACUGGAAUCCUUCAUCCGAUCUCACCUGCUUAUUAUUGGUGCAGUGGGCUUAGGUAUUGCCUCUGUACAGCUAUUUGGAAUGAUCUUCACCUGCUGUUUGUACAAAAGUUUAAAGUCCGAGCCGUACUAA